CAUACUUCUACGGGUUUCACACGUCCAGUCGCAAAGAGAGCGACAAAACAUUCUAAGAAGAAAUACUAUACAAUUUUUCGUUGAUUUCGACCAGUACUACGAUAUGAAUCAGUGUUCCAAUAAACGCUAUCGGCCUUGAUGAUAUUUUAAUGUCAGAAACAUGUAUCUCCUCUUGAGCGAGCACAAUCGGCCGAACACACUAAUUCGUCGAAGAAUGCAACGUAUCGUUACACUCAUCGAUAAGGCAGCUUCUUUUUAACUAAUAUUGCGAAGAACGAUAACUAUCGAUUAAAAUUGUCAAAGUAAUUCGAGUGCUGAUUACGGCAAACAGUACCGUAACGGUAGCCGUUGCUUUCGAUGAAAGGUUUGUUGUGCGUCUACCAUGGAGCCUGAUACACGAAGUAUGGAUUCUCAAAGUACGUUGUGGACCAUGCAGAAGGGCACAACCACAAUGUUUAUUGCCGAAAUAGUGGGCACUGGAAUACUUAUAUUUAUUGGAUGCAUGGGGUCCAUUGGAACUAUGGGAGCAGCGCCUCCGCCGCCAUUGCAGUCCUCCAUGGCGUUCGGUAUGACCGUCAACCUUCUGAUUAUGAUGUUAGGUCACGUAAGCGGAGCCCACAUGAACCCAGCAGUGACGAUCGGAGCAGUGAUCGUCGGCCUCAAAACCAUCCCUACAGCCAUUGCUUACGUAAUAGCUCAAUUCAUAGGAGCCACUAUAGGAUACGGAGUGUUAAUGAUGAUAACUCCACCAGAGUUGUUCAACGACGGAUCAUCGAAUUCGACUGCGGGUCUUUGUGUGACGGUUGUUCAUCCAGGGAUUAGCACCGUCACGGCUAUACUGAUAGAAACCCUUUGCACAUCCUUCAUACUUUGUGCAGCUUGUGCUACUUGGGAUCCGAGGUGUGCGCAUACGACGGAUUCUACGGCGAUUAGGUUCGGUUUCUCUGUUGUGGGAAUUUCACUGGCUGCGAGUCCUUAUACCGGUUGCAGCAUGAACCCUGCGCGUACCUUCGGCCCUGCAUUCUGGAACGGCAACUGGACAAACCAAUGGAUUUACUGGUUCGGACCGACUGCAGGCGCCUUCCUCGGAACGUACACCUAUCAAUUACUUUUUGCGGAAAAAGAGGACGUGGAGCGCAAACGUCUCGAGUUCAUAGAAUUGAAAGCGAUUGCGACACAGGAAUGUGACGGCAUUCAUUCCAAAGAAAAUCAUACCAAAUGCGAGGCACUCGAAUUGAUUCCGGAAAAUGACGACAACGCCGCGUGAUUAGCGUUUAAAGUUUAAGGUAUGAUCAUCUUUAUCAUCCGCCAAUAAUCGUCUUCCAUGAUGCUUCGGUUGAAGACGCCACCGCUAGAUGGUGCUGUACUCCACAAAAUGGCGCGCAUUUCAUUUCUCUACGUUCAUCUCGUGCAUUCUACGUCUUAUUUUAAAAUACCCUUCAAUUUAUUUAACUUUUAUUCUUGCGUUACUUUGUUAUUAUUUAAUUGUAGUAGAUACUUUUAGGGCUAUUUAAUGAACAGACUAUAAC